AUGACCAAUCGUUCCAACCCAAGUGUGUCUGAUGAUCAGUUGGUAUAUACCAUACCUGCUCCUGAGUCUCCUAGCCCAUGUAACUCCACACAACGUGAAGAGCAUAUUAAGCCACCAAUUAUUCACGUAUAUAGACGCCAACUACCUACAUCAAAUCCCGAUCCAAUACCAUCUUCUUCUGCAGAUCCAAGUACUGAUGAGACUCCUGCUAUGAGCGAUUCAUCACCUUCCGAUACACGGGAACCUGAUCUUGAUGUUCCUAUUGCCCUAAGGAAAGGAAGAUUCAUAGUACAUCAAGAAUCGCCUGACAAGCCAUGGAAGCGAAGUCGAUUGUGGUGUCAUGAGGAGUCAUUCAAAGUGUUGAAACAAAAAAAGGAUAAGGGAAAUCUUCUAGGCCUUGCACUUGACAUGAGAAUGCUUGAGAAAGAGACUAAUCCACAAAGAGCCGAGAAGAGGCAAAAGCAGUUGACUGAAUCAUGCUUAAAAGACAAAAGGUUGCUUGGAUCAUUAAAGAUUCUUAAUUUAAGCUUUUGUGAAGAGCUUCGUAGUUUGGGAGGCUUUGAGGAAUUCCCGGCACUUGAGAGCUACUGCAACAACCUUGAAAAACUUCCAAAAACCAUAAAUAUGCUAAAGAAGCUCUUUAGUAAGGAACUUAUUUUCGGGGUAGAGGAUCAGAGGAAUCUGAAAUCCAGAUGUAUUAUGAAUUUGGAAUAUUCAGCACCAUUUAUGGGGGAAAAGAGAUGCCGAAUUGGAUUAACAGCCCCAGAUAUAAAGAAAAGAAAGGUUGCUUUAGAGCUUUAUCCCGAAGAUAGUCCGACAUAUGUGAUCACACACGUGAGGGACCUGCAAAAAGUUUGGAAGAGCCAAAAGCUGAAUUGGUCAUGGUCAAGAAACAUAAGGUUGCUUGGAUCGUUGAAGAUUUUAAUCUCAAGUGUUCUGCAGCUGAUAAUCAUAUUGUUGAAAAGGAGGCGUGGGAUCACUGCAUCUGUCCAACCCAGAAAUAGAUGGCAUGAUCAAGUUCAGAAAGAGGUAUUGGUGGAGAAUUAUGGAGUUUGUAAAAAAUCAGGAGGUGUAAGAUGAUGAAAACAUGGGAGAAGAUGCCUUGAGUUAAUUACAAAUCAUGGAAGUCACUGGUGGAGAUGUCUCUGGUUUAAAGCUAAUAAUAUAAUAAAAUGCUCCCUAUACAGCGAUUUCUUUUGGGAAGAUAACCUCUUCAAUCUAAAUGACAAAGAUGCUCACUAUAAAGUUAUAUGCCUCUUUCGAUAAAUAUUUUAUAUGAUGCUUUUUGUACCCAGCAGAUAUCAUCACAACCAAUUUGCAGUUUAAGAGUAACUAAAUUGAUAGGCUAAAAUCCCCAUACACAGCAUCC